AUGGAACUCGACUUCGGCGUGCUCGGCAAAGCGGCACGGCUUGAUCCUGAAUUACGGUUUAGCGGCGUAGUUUCUGAUCCGGUCGUCAUGGACCACGCGGUACAUGAGGCCUUGAUGGUUACAGACGUCGUCGCAGUUGUGCUAUCGCUGGCCAUCGUCCUCGUUCCAGUGGCGCUGGGAGGCAGGGUAAUGGUUUCUCCUUUCAUGGGGGGCAACAUGGUACUGCUCGGUUCUGUUAUGCAAUUCAGCGACGUGGCUCUCGGCUCCGUUCUGGUUGCCGGGAUGGUACUUCUCGUACCGGUACUGCUGAGUAGCGAUGUGGCUUGUGGCUCCGACGUGGACGACACCACGGUGCUGCUCGAUUCUGGGCUGCUGGUCAGCGACGUCGUACGCGCAUCUGUCGGGGUCGGCGACGUCGUUCUGCACGUGUCGGUGCCGUUGGACAGCGACGUGUCGCUCGCAUUCACCACAGUCGGUCAUGUGGUACUGUCCGAUCACAUGAUCUUGGAUAACGACGUCGUGCCUGGCCUCAUCGUUGUGGACAUGACGACCCGGUCGCGUUACGGUUUCUGCCCUCAUGCAUUGCCGUAG